GCCAGAGCAACCGUAAUAUACGUGAUGUGUAUAUAAGAAUCAGCGCGAGUUCUCGAUGGAAAUUUAUUUACUAUUUUGAUCUCGUGCUGUGUACAUCGCUCCCGAAUAAGCAGUGCUUAUCUUCUAGUUUCGAAUUUGUUUUGUUAACCUUGUAAGAGUGUCGAGUGUCAGGAAAACGAGAAAAAAACCCGUCAAGUGUGUGGCGCAAAAAGUGUGAAAAGGCAAUCAGCAUGAGAUUUACAUAUUUAUCUCUAAUAAUUCUCAUCAUGAUGAGUAGUAUCGAUGUGAUUUUUGCACAAUUUAAAGUAGUUAAAAUGGAAUCGUUGCGGUCACUAGCAUCGCAUGAUCAACAGCAACAACAACAACAACAUCAUCAUCAUCAUCACCAUCGUACAGCAUCAGCGUUGCAUGAAAAGGGAAAGCUGUCGAAAGACAGUAAUGUUACGGUAAUUCAAGUUUUACCAAGCGAGCGAUCAAACCGUAGAAUCGAUAAAGUUAUAAAGCGCAGAAUUGACAUACCAAUGACAUCAGAUUUCAAAGUGCUGACACCGAGAGAAACAACAGAUGCUAAAUUGAUGAAAUUACAUAUCAUAAAUGUUCGUACGGGCAAAAUACAAGAUGCAAUAAUGCUAACGACUGGCAACAAUGAUGUAUCUGAUCAUCCAAAGUCAAAGUCAAAGUCAAUUCACAAAGCAUCAGGUAUACAUACAAAUUAAAGUUUUUAUCAUUAAUUUCAGUUCUUUUCUCCUUCAAUUUAUCCUCUUCGAUAUAACUUCAUCAAUGCGAAUAACAUAAAAAUGUGUACAAUGUAAAUGCACAAAAGACAACAGUGGAAAUAAAGAAAUAAUUCGCAUACAACCAGUGCAUUCAAGUAAGCCCGAGAAAACAUUGAAUGAGAUUAAUAUAAGUAAAAAAUUUCCACUAAAACCUUAUAAAUUGCGCAACAAAUUUACAUCAGCAAAGUGUAAGUGUGAGGAUACAGCACGCAUGUGGAAUUGUAAGAAAAUUCAAAUAUCGAUUGCGAAUUGUAAAAGUAAUCAAUUUAUGUGCUGUUCUUAAAUGUUCCAACAAAUUAUCAAUUCUUAUUGGAUGUACUUAAUAAUGAUAAUUUUUUAAACAUUUUUCGAAUUUUAAUUUGAGAUAUUAAUUCUAAGAAUAUUGUGAAUUUAUUGUGAAAUUAAUUUGUAUGAAAUAUGAAACAUUAAGUGUAAGAUAACAUUGUAAGUGAAACAUUUAUCAAGGAAUAAAAUGGCAUAUUAUUAAUUUUAAUAU